AUGGCAACAGCUUUGUCCGGUGAAAUCAGUUACGAGAGUAUUCUAGCUCGGGCUGCAAAUUAUAAUCGGCAAUUACAAAUCGAUAAAAAAAGCCGUUUGCCUUUCUUGGAUAAUGCAACAGGAAUAGCUCAGAGGCCCUGCUAUUUACUGCGCAAAGAUGAUGAAAGGUACCUCAGCCCACUGGACGACAGAAUUUUUGCAUACUACCCUCACAAGUGGAAAAAGACGAAGAAGAAUAUACUUUCACACAGUUCUGUUGUUCGCUCUGCUGAUCAGUACAACAACAAUGCUCGAGCAGCUGAUUUAUUUUCGGGUAGCGGUCUUUCAGCCCAAGAUGCGUUCUGGCGUGAACUAGACGAUGAGGAUAGCCACAGCACCUGGGCCACAAACCCAGUGUAUGACAUCGAUUCGGAGGGUAGCGAGUUAGCAGAUGAAACUUAUGGCGGUCGUCGUAAAAAACGAAGAACAAGAACUCCACGUUCCGCCAAACCAUAUGCGAACCAAGGUCUCACCCCUAUCGGUCGUAGGCGAGCCGCCACUAAUUCCUAUUAUUCCAACUACACUAAUGGCAGCGUAGUCUAUGACGAGGAAUCCAAUGACAAGUUUUCAAACCCCCAAUUCGUCUGCGAAGCCUGCGGCAUGCGCUACAAAACAAAGACUGGUCUCAAUUAUCACUACAACUCUCAACACAUGGCCAACAGUUCUCAUUCAAAAAAACCUAAUCCGCUUCCGGCUGUAAGAAAUAAUCAAUCCCUCCCUCAUACAUCCGUCAAUACGGGUCUCCUCUCUGCUUUAAUUGAAAACACUCCGAGGGAUAGGGAUCGGUCUGCGACCUGUAACAACAAUUCGCGGAAUUUGCCGAGCACAAUGCUUAUCCGUAAGGGCUAA